AUGGGGGACCUUGAACAUCAGCCAAUGAACACUGGCCACAAAACACCCACACGCCCAACCGCGCACACAGUCAUGUGAUUUCCAGUAAAUGCAAAGAGGAGGCUGGAAAGUGAAAGUAAACUGGUUCCGAGCAGAUAAGACAAACGAAGUCAGAGUUCGACUGAAGAUGAGUAGUUAUGUGGAGGAAGAGGAGGAAAGAGCAGAGUCUCCAGUGUUCAGCUGUGUGUCUCUGAAGAGUGACUGGUCCAAAUAUAUUCCUCCAAACUUCAGUAAUGAACCUGGACCCUCACACACAAAAAGUCAGGACCACAGACUGAGAGCAGAGUCUCCAGGGUCCAGCUUUGUGUCUCUGAAGAGUGACUGGUCCAAAUAUAUUCCUCCAAACUUCAGUAUUGAACCUGGACCCUCACACACAAAAGCGAGGAAGAGGAGUCAUGUUUCUGAGGAGGAGCAGUCAUCCUGUGCUUGGUGUCAGGACGUCCUGAAGGAUCCAGUCUCCACCAGCUGUGGACACUGGUUCUGCAGACAGUGCAUCACCUCAUACUGGGACCAGUCUGGUUCUUCAGGAGACUCCUCCUGUUCCCAGUGUGGACAAAGAUCCAGAUCAGGAGCUGGAGCUCAUACAACCGCAGAUCGUGGUCUGCAGGAGGUUUCAGAUGAACAUAAGCUCAGUCUGAGGAGGACAUGUGAACAUGUGACUGAAGGAACUGAUGAAACAGGAAGUAGAACCCUCCUCAACAGGAUCUACACGGAGCUAUACAUCACAGUGGGACAGAGUGAAGAGGUUAAUACUCAACAUGAGGUGAGGCAGCUUGAGAUGGCUUCCAAGAGGAAGAGCCUCCAUGACACUCCCAUCAAGGUCCACGACAUCUUUAAAGCCUCCACUGACCAGCAGAGCAGCAUCAGAGUCGUCCUGACCAACGGAGUCGCUGGCGUUGGAAAAACCUUCUUGGUGCAGAAGUUCACUCUGGACUGGGCAGAGGGUUUAGAGAACCAGGAUGUGGGUCUGCUGACUGUGCUUUCGUUCAGGGAGCUGAACCUGGUGAAGGACCAGCAGCACAGUCUUCUCACUCUUAUCCGUGUUUUCCAUCCAAGCGUUACAGAAGCUCACUGCAGAAUGCUCGCUGUCUGUAAACCUUUGUUCAUCUUUGACGGCCUGGAUGAAAGCAGACUUUCUCUGGACUUCAACCACAGGGAGCUUGUGUCUGAGGUCACACAGAGGUCAUCAGUCAACGUGCUGCUGACAAACCUCAUCCGGGGGAAUCUGCUUCCCUCGGCUCUCAUCUGGAUAACCUCCAGACCUGCGGCGGCCAAUCAGAUCCCUCCUUCAUGUGUUGACAGGGUCACAGAAGUACGAGGCUUCACUGACUCCCAGAAGGAGGAGUACUUCAGGAGGAGAUUCAGUGAUGAAGAGCUGUGCAGCAGAAUCAUCUCACACAUCAAGACUUCCAGGAGCCUCCACAUCAUGUGUCAAAUCCCAGUCUUCUGCUGGAUCAGUGCUACAGUUCUGGAGCACAUGUUGACAACAGACCAGAGAGGAGAGCUGCCCAAGACCCUGACUGACCUGUACUCACACUUCCUGCUGGUUCAGACAAAGAGAAAGAACCACAAGUACGGUGAGGGACAUGAGACGACUCUACAGCAGCUGACGGAGGCUGACAGGGACGUUCUUCUGAAGCUGGGGAGGCUGGCAAUUAAACAUCUGGAGGAAGGAAACAUCAUUUUCUACCAAGAAGACCUGGAGCAGUGUGGUCUUAAUGUCACAGAGGCCUCGGUGUACUCAGGAGUUUGUACUGAGAUCUUCAGAAGAGAGUGUGUGAUCUUCCAGAAAUCAGUCUACUGCUUUGUUCAUCUGAGCGUUCAGGAGUUUCUGGCUGCAGUCUACAUGUUCCACUGUUACACCGAGAGGAACACAGAAGAACUUGACAACUUCUUCGGAACAUAUAGUAACACAAGGAGAACCUCCUCCUUGGAUGACCUCCUGAAGAGAACCAUGGAGAAAUCCCUCACCAGUACAAAUGGUCAUCUGGACCUGUUUGUUCGCUUCCUUCACGGCCUCAGUCUGGAGUCCAACCAGAGAGUCUUAGGAGGCCUGCUGGGUCAGACAGAGAACAAUCCAAAGAUCAUCCAGAGAGUCAUCAACAACCUGAAGGAGAUGGAGAGUGAUGACAUUUCUCCUGACAGAAGCAUCAACAUCUUCCACUGUCUGACUGAGAUGAACGACCACUCAGUUCAUCAGCAGAUGCAACAGUUCCUGACGUCAGAGAACAAAUCAAUGAAGAAACUCUCUGAGAUCCACUGCUCAGCUCUGGCCUACAUGCUGCAGAUGUCAGAGGAGGUUCUGGAUGAGUUGGACCUGAAGAAGUUCAACACAUCAGACCAGGGUCGACUGAGACUGAUCCCAGCUGUGAGGAACUGCAGGAAGGCUCGACUCGUUCGUUGUGGACUCUCAGAGACUCACUGUGAAGUCUUGGCCUCAGCUCUGAAGUCAGACCCCUCACAUCUGAGAGAACUGGAUCUGAGAGAAAACAAGCUGCAGGAUUCAGGAGUGAAGCUGCUGUGUUCUGGACUUGAGAGUCCAAACUGUCGACUGGAGACUCUGAGGUUGUGGGACUGCAGUCUGUCAGAGAUCAGCUGUUCUUCUCUGGCUUCAGCUCUGAGGUCAAAUCCCUCUCAUCUUAGAAAACUGGAUCUGAGUCUAAACAUGCUGCAGGACUCAGGAGUGAAGGAGCUGUGUGGUUUUCUACAGAGUCCAACCUGUCGACUGGAGACUCUGAGGUUGAAGAGCUGCAGUCUGUCAGAGAUCAGCUGUUCUUCUCUGGCGUCAGCUCUGAGGUCAAACCCCUCUCAUCUGAGAGAACUGGAUCUGAGUCUAAACAAGCUGGAGGACUCAGGACUGAAGGAGUUGCUUGAUCUAAAGCAGAGUCCAACCUGUAGACUGGAGACUGUGAGGUGGAGGGAGUGGUCUUUGUCCGGAGGCUGAAGCAGCAGCAGCUCGUGUGUAGAGCGACUCUGACUGGGCCUUGUUGUUGGGAGGCAGAGAGGAGACGGAGCUCCAGAGGAAUCAGAGGAGGUGCACUGCUCUGAGAUCAGCUCCACCGUCACACAGUGUCCAGUCCACCAUCCUAUAACCACAAUUUGUGUUUCUGAUCAUUUAUGAGUUUAAAGUUCCUGGAUUCAAGUCACAAAUUGAUUUAGCUCUACAAAAAGUUAAACACAUAUUAAUCCCUUUUGAGUGUAGGAGCCGUUAAUUAGUAACACUAAUAAGUAACACUGAUAAGUUAAAGAAAGAUAUUAUUAUUAUUUUGUUUGUUAUGAUAUAAGAUGUAAUGGGUUUGUAUUUUGGGGUUAUUAUUUGGUUAACUUGUUGUUUAUUGUUUACUUCCUAUCCUAUUCAUUUGGAUAUUGGUCAUAAGAAUAGGGGCGGGAGUCAUAGUUGAUUUUAGCACCAGUUCACCGGUUUAGGAAGAAAAGAGUGUGAGUGGGGACGCUGUAUUAUUUGUUGAUCUUCUUU